GACACAAACCGGACUAUGGGGAUGCUCCAACCGUGCCUACACAGCACACCAACUAACCUGUCAAGGGGCGCAGCCGACUCCGCCUCCACUCGCUCACUUUCCCGCCCCCGCCCCCAAGCCCGGAGCCCGCCUGUCAGGGACACCCCUUCACCCCCGCCAGGAGGGACUUCCCGUGCAGGGACAAUGCUGAAAGGAAUGAAAAGGCUUAUCUCAAGGGUCCAUAAGUUGGACCCCGGACAUUUUUUGCACACAGGGGUCCAGACACCCCAAAGCCUUGCUGCUCACCUAGAUAACCAGGUUCCAAUUAAGAGUCCCAGAGCUAUUGCCCGCACCAGUGAAAAUGACCCGGCCAAGCAUGGGGAGCAGCAUGAGGGUCGGCACUACAGCAUCCCCCUCCAGGACCUGAAGACGAUACUGCCCCAUGGCCUGCCGCCUCGCUUUGUGAUGCAGGUGAAGACAUUCAAUGAAGCUUGCCUGAUGGUAAGGAAACCAGCCCUAGAGCUUCUACAUUACCUGAAAAACACUAAUUUUGCUCAUCCAGCUGUACGAUAUAUUCUCUAUGGGGAGAAGGGAACGGGAAAAACCCUCAGUCUUUGCCAUGCUAUUCAUUUCUGUGCAAAACAGGACUGGCUAAUACUGCAUAUUCCAGAUGCUCAUCUUUGGGUGAAAAACUGCCGGGAUCUUCUGCAAUCUACCUAUAACAAAGAGCGCCUUGAUCAACCCUUGGAGGCUUCAAUCUGGCUGAAGAAUUUCAAAACUGCAAAUGAGCGUUUUUUGAGUGAGAUAAAAGUUCAAGAGAAGUAUGUCUGGAAUAAGCGAGAAAGCACGGAGCAAGGCAGUCCUCUGGGAGUAGUAGUUGAACAGGGCAUAACGCGGGUGAAGAAUGCCACUGAUGCAGUUGGGAUUGUGCUGAAAGAGCUAAAGAGGCAAAGUUCUUUGGGUAUUUUUCACCUCCUGGUGGCAGUGGAUGGAGUCAAUGCUCUCUGGGGAAGAACCACACUGAAAAGAGAAGAUAAAAGCCCAAUCGCCCCAGAGGAACUAGCACUUGUUUACAACCUGAGGAAAAUGGUGAAGAAUGACUGGCAUGGAGGCGCCAUCGUGUUGACUUUGAGCCAGACUGGGUCUCUCUUUAAGCCUCGGAAGGCCUUUCUGCCCCAGGAGUUGCUGGGAAAGGAAGGAUUUGAUGUCCUGGACCCCUUUAUUCCCAUCCUGGUUUCCAAUUAUAACCCAAAGGAAUUUGAAAGUUGUAUUCAGUAUUAUUUGGAGAAUAGUUGGCUUCAACAUGAGAAAGCUCAUACAGAAGAAGGGAAAAAGGAGCUGCAGUUCCUAAGUAAUGCAAAUCCCGGGCAGCUGGAGCAUCUUUGUGCCUACCUCUAAGCCACGGUCACUGCGUGCACGGAAGACAACGGACAUGUCCUUUAUCGGACCCAGUCAGAUGGGGAGCCCCCAAGACCACAAGAAGGGCAGCCGGGCCCCUGUACUCACAAGGUCGGACAGGACUGUGGGCGACCCCCAACCUUGAUGAAAUGGGAUCUUUGUGAAGUGACUGCAAUGGCAAAAAGAUAUCCUCUUAUGCCUGAAGCCAAUAUACAUUUAUUAGAUGUGGUUUUCACAUUUUAAGUAAUUAUGGAUCUUUUCCUUAGAAAAUUAAAAAGUAUCUUUAUUAAA